AUGCGUCGAGCGGUGUCGAAAUUGUUGCCGGGCAAAACCGCCAAGGGCCUCGACUCGUCGCUGUCGGUGAGCAUCGACCACAGCUCGGUGGAAGACUUCUAUAUUCUGCUAGAUAAUCCGCACAAGUCCUGGCUCCCGGGCGAGGAGAUCUCGGGCCAGGUGAUCCUCAUCAGUAAGAAGAACUUGGGCAACAUUGUGAUCACGUUCUCGCUCCUGGGCUACAUCAAGAUGAACGCCCUGCCGCACUCCAAGCUUCGGCCCAUGAAGCAGGUUCUCUUCAAUCACUCCAUCAAGAUCUAUGGGCCUGACCUGGACCUGCCGACCCCGUCCAGCCUCGUAAACGGUUUGUAUAAGGGUGAACAUAGAUUCCCGUUCGUUGUGAAGCUUCCCACUAAGCGAAUCUUCACUAGUAUCGACUUUGGGAAAGGUGCCAUAAUAUACACGCUAAAGACGACGCUUCGCUCCGUCAAUAGCGAGGAGGCGCCCCUGCCUGGCCAAAGUGUUCCCGAGCCCUCGAUUUUCCGUCCUAGAGCCCUUUCUCGUCUCCACAAUCCUUCCUUUACUCUGGAGAAACAUAUUAAAAUCGUAGACCCUAUUGAUGUGGCCGAGCUACCGCCGCCGAAACCAAAGAGACUCAUCAUCAAAGACCCUCGGCGAGGCAAGCUUCGCAGAACGCAGUCUUCUACAUCCACCAUAAACACAGCCUCGACCAUCAACUCCAAGAAUUCAGACUUCGAUCACUCCCACGCAACGGCCCAUCCAAGCAUCGGCUCCGCUUCGUCUUCCAACAACGUUGUGCCAAUGGCCAACAGUGUGAACAGCCCGGGUGUCAGCCUGGGUUCCAUGGUUCAAGCUCCAUCCGAUAGGCCAGGCUCGAUCCUGGUCACCAUGGAAUUAGGCCAAAGAGGCUUUCUUCGAGGUGAACUAAUACCUGUCAAGCUCACAAUCAGCCAUUUGAAACAGGUCCAAGACUCCAGGGGUAUAAUUGUGACUUUGGUGCGUGUGUGUAGAAUUGACCAUGGUCCUGAAAGCUACUUUGAAUCGUUCCGGAAAGACCUCCAACAGCUGGUCAUCCCGUUAUUUGUUGAUCCUGUCACCUUUUCUCUGGAAAUAAAUACCAGUUUGAGAGUCCCUGCAGAUGCAUUCCCGACGAUUACAGGUUGUCCAAUGGUGUCUUUCCAGUACUUCGUUGAAGUCAUGCUCAAUUUGUCUGGAAAGCCAUUUGCAAUGGAUGGUGCUGGUCCUGUUGCAAACUUAGUGGCUCACGAUGAUAACAGCCCUUCACUUUCUCCCUCGGGUGGAACCAGCUACAAUUUCCAAGUGGGCCAAGAUAGGUCUGAUUUCAUCAACACGGACAAAUUCAAACGUCUGAAGAAGUUUUUGCAAUUGACUACAGAGGUCAUUAUUGGUACUCACAGACUGGAGAAGCACAAUGCCAUAGUGUCCACUCCAGAGAAUGUACCCAUUGUUCAAGAGCAGAGCAUGUCCCUGGGAUCCACACCGACCUCUCAAAUACAGCAGAAUUAUACCAGACCGCAAAAUCACAUUAAUUCUGUUCCCGAGCUCGCCGAGCUAACAAACUAUCCUAUUCCUCCGUACUUAGAGUCACCUCAUGAAGAGGGACCUUCAGCGCCCAAUUACUUCUCUGAAAUGACCGCAAUGCCAAUGCCAAUGCCUGAUCUCAAUCAUUUGUCUGAAAAGGACCGUAUGCGGCAGCAUGAGGCUGGUCUUCUUCCUUCGGAACCCAUAUUUGACUCCGAAGAUGAGGAGACAAUCAGCCCCUUGAACCAUGGUAUUCUUGAUGAGAUGACCGCAGGCGAAGCGUUGCAGUCUGCCACUGACAAUCAUGAACCGCAUGAUUUGAAUCGUAACAGUCAUAAUCUUACUCCUGUCGGUCAAGGUGCAUCACAUCGCCUUCACAACGAGGAGAUCGACUUAUACGAUGCUCCAGCCGUACAAGGAGCCAAUCCAGAUGGCUUCGGAGAAGGAGCCGUGAAGGACUUCGUGCCGAACUAUGAUGCAGCUGCAAAUGACCGCCUUGUGGCUGUUGGUGGCAACGAAGCUGACCUGUCUACCGCUGGGACGAGAGUAGGUCCAGCUACAUCCAUUCCUGGAGAAUGA